AUGGCUUCGGGCUUGGUUUUCCGAGGGCACGAGGCCCAACCUCUGAACGACGCCUAUUCCGCCAAGCCGCAAAAGCCAUGGUCCUCCAUCCGCUACAUCUUCCGCGAGCAGCGCCUCCAUUUCCUCUUCCUCGGCGUUCUCCUCGCCUCCGUCUUCUUCCUCCUCUUCCCCUCCGCCUCUUCUCCUCCCCUCCGGGCCCACGACCCUCUCCCCGUUUCUUUCUCCGGCCGCGGCGACGACUUAACGCACUGGCUCACUGCCAACACCCGAGCCUAUGACGUGGCGGUGCAUUCCACGGGGAAGAUUCCCCUAGGGAUUAAACGCAAGGCGCGCCGGGUGGUGGUGACGGGCGGGGCCGGCUUCGUCGGGUCCCACUUGGUGGAUCGGUUGAUCAGCCGAGGAGACAGCGUGAUUGUGGUUGACAAUUUCUUCACUGGAAGGAAAGAAAACGUGAUGCACCACUUUGGGAAUCCGAAUUUCGAACUCAUCCGACACGACGUCGUUGAGCCUCUCCUCUUGGAAGUAGACCAGAUCUACCAUCUCGCUUGCCCUGCCUCCCCUGUCCAUUACAAGUUCAAUCCCGUCAAGACUAUCAAGACCAACGUGGUGGGCACGUUGAACAUGCUGGGGCUGGCGAAAAGGGUUGGCGCGAGGUUCUUGUUAACCAGUACCAGCGAGGUUUACGGAGAUCCUCUGCAGCAUCCUCAGAAGGAGACUUAUUGGGGAAACGUCAAUCCCAUUGGUGUUCGAAGCUGCUACGACGAGGGAAAGCGUACGGCUGAAACGUUAACCAUGGAUUACCACAGAGGAGCUGGAGUCGAGGUGAGAAUAGCUAGGAUUUUCAACACCUACGGGCCCAGAAUGUGCUUAGACGAUGGUCGCGUUGUUAGUAACUUCGUCGCUCAGGCACUAAGAAAGGAGGCUUUGACCGUUUAUGGGGAUGGGAAGCAAACUAGAAGUUUCCAAUACGUUUCUGAUCUGGUGGAGGGGCUGAUGCGCCUUAUGGAAGGAGAACAUGUGGGACCUUUCAAUCUUGGAAAUCCUGGUGAAUUUACCAUGCUUGAACUUGCUAAGGUGGUACAAGAAACAAUAGAUCCACAGGCUAAGAUAGAGUACAAGCCGAACACAGAGGAUGACCCACACAUGAGAAAGCCUGAUAUCAGUAGGGCCAAGGAGCUACUGGGCUGGGAACCCAAGGUAGACCUGCGCAAGGGACUCCCUCUAAUGGUUUCUGACUUCCGACAACGCAUUUUUGGGGACCAAAAGGAAGUAGCAACCUCUACCUAAUUCUUAAUUCUUCAUUGUAGUUUACAUUUUUUUUUUUAUAGCAUUAGCCAGAAAACAGUUUAGGGAGGUUUCGCAUCUCUUUGUAGUCCAUUAGUCACAGUAGUUAGUAGCUUGUCAGCCAAACAUAAAUUUCCGCUUGGUCCUUUAUCCUCAACCAUUUCUUAGUAUGUACCAUUGAUGUCCUUAUUGUAUUUCUAAAAUUGAAACCCAUGCUCCCCCCUUGUUGGAUGGAUACACUCACAAUGUAAUACGCAAUCGGACAUCUUCGAUACUGAAAAAACAGGACAAGUUUAUGAAGACUAAAAUUAAUUAUGAAAUGGAAAUUAUGUCUCACGAUC